AUGACCAACCAGGAGGCCGUCGACUUCCUGCGCGCCCGCCUGGCGCAGGGCGCCAGCCCGACAGAGAGCGCGAGCCAGCUGCUGGACGCCUGCCUGGCCAGCGACCCCAAGGAGUCGCGCGGCGUCGGCUGCGACAACAUGACGGCGAUCGUGGUGCGCCUGCAGCGCGGCGGCGGCGGCGGUGGCGAGGGGCCUGGCGCAGGCGGGGAGGGCGCGGAGAGCGGCGGCGGCGGCGGCGCGGCGGGGGCUGGCAAGGGCGAGAAGGCGGCGCAGGGGAGUGGGGAGGCGGCGAGCUCAGGUGUCUAG